CACCAGGUCCUGCCCCUUCUUUUAAAAGCCCCGCCUCUAGGCAGGCCUGUUUUCCCUGCCCGGGCGCUGGCGGCGACCGCAAAGGCGGCCAAGGUGCUCUGAACUUGACGCGAUGGGGCUUCCUGAGGAGCGGGGCCGGAAUGGCAGCGAGAGCCACGUCCGGGAGGAGGCUGGAGCGGGGAGCCGGACACAGAGUUUGUCUCCACCGCCGGAGAUCAGACGUUCGGCUCACGUUUCCUCGAUACAGCGCUAUCGCGAGUUGCACCGGCGAUCUGUGGAGGAGCCACGGGAGUUUUGGGGAAGCAUUGCCAAAGAAUUUUACUGGAAGAUUCCAUGCCCUGGUCCAUUCCUUCAGUACAAUUUUGAUGUCACUAAAGGGAAGAUCUUCAUUGAGUGGAUGAAAGGAGCAACUACCAACAUCUGCUACAACGUUCUGGACCGAAAUGUCCACGAAAAAGGCCUUGGAGAUAAAGUUGCUUUUUACUGGGAGGGCAAUGAGCCAGAGGAGAGUACUCAGAUCACUUACCGUGAGCUUCUGGUCCAAGUGUGUCAGUUCAGCAAUGUUCUCCGAAAACAGGGCAUUCGCAAGGGUGACCGAGUGGCCAUCUACAUGCCCAUGAUCUUGGAGCUGGUGGUGGCCAUGCUGGCUUGUGCCCGCAUUGGAGCUCUGCACUCUAUUGUGUUUGCAGGCUUCUCUGCAGAGUCUCUAUGUGAACGGAUCCUGGAUUCCAAGUGCAGCCUUCUCAUCACCACAGAUGCCUUCUAUAGGGGAGAAAAACUUGUGAACCUGAAGGAGCUGGCUGACGAGGCCCUGGAAAAAUGUCGGGAGAAGGGUUUUCCAGUAAAAUGCUGCAUUGUGGUCAAGCAUCUUGGACGGGCAGAGCUGGGCAUGGGUGACUCCCCCAGCCAAUCCCCUCCAGUUAAAAGACCAUGCCCAGAUGUACAGAUUUCCUGGAACCAGGGGACUGACUUGUGGUGGCAUGAGCUCAUGCAAGAAGCAGAGGAUGAGUGUGAACCCGAAUGGUGUGAUGCUGAGGACCCCCUCUUCAUCCUGUACACCAGUGGCUCCACAGGCAAACCCAAGGGUGCAGUACACACAGUUGGGGGCUACAUGCUCUAUGUGGCCACGACCUUCAAGUAUGUGUUUGACUUUCAUCCAGAGGAUGUAUUCUGGUGCACAGCAGACAUUGGCUGGAUCACUGGCCAUUCCUAUAUCACUUAUGGACCACUGGCUAAUGCUGCCACCAGUGUUUUGUUUGAGGGGAUCCCAACAUACCCGGACGUUGGCCGCCUGUGGAGCAUCGUGGACAAGUACAAAGUGACCAAGUUCUACACAGCACCCACAGCCAUCCGCCUGCUCAUGAAGUUUGGAGAUGAACCUGUCACCAAGCACAGCCGGGCAUCCUUACAGAUACUAGGCACAGUGGGGGAACCCAUCAAUCCUGAGGCCUGGCUGUGGUACCACCGGGUAGUAGGUGCUCAGCGCUGCCCCAUUGUGGACACUUUCUGGCAGACAGAGACAGGUGGCCAUAUGCUGACCCCCCUUCCUGGUGCCAUACCUAUGAAGCCUGGUUCUGCUACCGUCCCAUUCUUUGGUGUAGCUCCUGCAAUUCUGAAUGAGUCUGGGGAAGAGCAAGAGGGUGAAGCUGAAGGCUAUCUGGUGUUCAAACAGCCCUGGCCAGGUAUCAUGCGCACAGUCUAUGGAAACCACGGACGGUUUGAGACCACCUACUUCAAGAAGUUCCCUGGGUACUAUGUAACAGGAGAUGGCUGCCGGAGGGACCAGGAUGGCUAUUACUGGAUCACCGGCAGGAUUGAUGACAUGCUCAAUGUAUCUGGACACCUGCUGAGUACUGCAGAGGUGGAGUCAGCACUUGUGGAACAUGAGGCUGUUGCAGAGGCUGCUGUGGUGGGACACCCUCACCCUGUGAAGGGCGAAUGCCUAUAUUGUUUUGUCACCUUGUGUGAUGGUCACACCUUCAACCCCACCCUUACCGAGGAGCUCAAGAAGCAAAUUAGAGAAAAGAUUGGCCCCAUUGCCACACCGGAUUACAUCCAGAAUGCACCUGGCUUGCCUAAAACUCGAUCAGGGAAAAUCAUGAGGCGGUUACUUCGGAAGAUCGCUCGGAAUGACCACGACCUUGGGGACACAUCUACUGUGGCUGACCCAUCUGUCAUCAGCCACCUCUUCAGCCACCGCUGCCUGGUCACCCAGUGA